CAGGCUUCGAGUCACUCCAUCCAUACCAAACCCCUUCUCCACAAUCUCCGACGAACCAUGGGGAACCUCAAGAACGCCACCAUUGCCUUCGUCGUCCCCCUCCCUUCCCUCCUCUUCUUCCUCUCUUUCGUCCGCCGCCAUCUUCCUUGCUCUUCCUCCUCUCCUUGUCCGGCCACCACCACCUCCAACCUCUGGAGCUGGUGCUACCACCACCCUUUCCUCCUCGCCAACCUCCUCUUCUUCUUCAACGUCGACAUCCUUUUCUGGCUCAUCGGCCUCCUCCAGUCCAACAACUGGAUGAUUGAUCCCUACUGGACGGUGAUCCCUGUGCUGCUGGUCCACUACUACGCCAGCCACCCGCUGGCGGUUGCCGACGCCGCGAGAUCGGCGGCGGCGGUGGCGCUGACAUGGGUGUGGAGCGCCCGGCUGGCCCACAACUACUUCAGGAGGGAGAGAUGGCAGUGGGGGGCGAGGGAGGACUGGAGGUUUAAUGAGAUGAGAAGGAAGUAUGGGAGGCACUGGUGGUGGGUCUCCUUCUUCACCGUCUACCUCUCCGAGCAGGUCUUUUUGAUUGGGAUAUGCCUACCAAUGUAUGCUAUCCACUCGAGUGAUGCGCCCUGGAGCUUGUGGGACUCCAUUGCUACAAUUGCCUGCAUAACUGGAAUAGUUGUUGCCUACUUUGCGGAUACACAGCUCUAUGAUUUUGUGACGAGAAAUGAAACCUUGAAAGUGCUUGGUGCACCCUUGGUGCCUAACCUUGACAGAGGUCUGUGGUGGUAUUCUCGCCACCCAAACUACUUCGGGGAGCAGCUGUGGUGGUGGGGGCUGUUUCUCUUUGCUUGGAACAUGGGACAAGGAUGGAUGUUUAUUGGGCCACUUGCGAAUAGCUUGUGCUUGGCAUAUGUUACGGUGCUAGUCGAGAGGCGGAUGUUGAAGAAAGAAUUCAGGGCCGAAGCUUAUAGACAGUAUCAGAAAACAACAUCAGUGUGGAUCCCUUGGUUUAAGACAAGCAUCAGAGAACCAAAGGAGAAGGAUAUCUGAGGAUUGAGAUCAUCAGUCUUUUAAUUAUCUGCUCAUUUCUUCGGUUUUCCUUUGUAAUAUCUUUGUGGAUCCUACUACAAAAAUGUCUUUGGUAGUGUACCAUCUUUUUCCAUAAUGGAUGAUAACUUAUUUUGUGUGAA